GCUGCAGCUCCGUGACUGUGGACAGAAGCCGGGUCUAGCCCCGCCCCCGCCUCUCCAGCCUUCAUCCCGGUCGGAGGAGGAUGAGGAGUCCGCCGCGCGCUGCUCUCUGACGGGGUAGCUUCAGUGGAACGAACCGGAACCGGAGUGGAACCGCCAGAGCCCGGUGAGCCAUGCCGCUGGUGAAGCGAAUCAUUGAGCCUCGGUACCUGUGCCGCGGCUCUCUGCCUGAUGGGGUCGCCAGUGAGCUGGAGUGCGUCACCAAUAGCACACUGGCUGCAGUCAUCAAACAGCUGGGAGGACUCAGUCGCCAUGCGGAGGACAUCUUUGGCGAGCUGUUCACAGAGGCUAACAGCUUCUACCUGAGAAUGAACAGCCUGCAGGAGAGAGUGGACCUGCUGGCCGUGAAGGUCACUCAGCUGGAUUCCACCGUGGAGGAAGUCUCACUGCAGGACAUCAAUAUGCGGAAAGCUUUUAAGAGCAGUACCAUUCAGGACCAGCAGGUGGUGUCACGGAGCUCCAUCCCUAAUCCAGCGCUGGAGAUGUACCAACGCUGUGACAAGCCACCACCCCUCAACAUCCUGACAGCCUACAGGGACGACAAGAAGGAUGGUCUGAAGUUCUACACCGACCCAUCGUACUUCUUCAACCUGUGGAAGGAAAAGAUGCUGCAGGCCACCGAGAACAAACGCAAGGAGAAGAGACGGCAGAAGGAGCAGAGACAUGUGGAGGAGUCUUCAGGGCGCGAGGUGAAGAAGGUCCGGAAAGCGCGAAACAGGCGACAGGAGUGGAACCUGAUGGCUUAUGACAAGGAGCUCCGCCCAGAUGCUCGAGUCACACCAUCACCUCACCAUACAUCUGACGGCUCAGUGUCACCCGACAGGUCAGGGAUGUCAGAUGACCUCUCCUUCCCGGCCAGUCCUCACCAUGAUGGGUAUGAUAGAAAAGAUGAUGUUGACAUGGCGACCAGUGGUUCUGGGCAAACUCAGUCAUUGGACCGUGCCCUCAGACCCACCUCCGCAGUAUCUGCGGCAACCGCUCGGCAGCACUCUCUGGGUCGCAACCAGCCGCAUCAGCAUCACCAUCGCCCACAGCCGCUCACUGGCCCAGCCAAUCAGAACGGAGCACGUUCCAACAUGGCCAAGGAGGCCAAUGACCGUCAAAUCCCUCCGGCCCCGCCACCGCCUCCACCUCUCAUGCCAUCAGCAGGACAGGUGGUGUUUCCAAACAGCUCCAUCCACAGUGCUGCUAUGGCAACACCAUUGCACCCUGCAGCUGUGCCUGGUAACCAAGGUGGCACCGCUGCCCAGGCCCACCCUUAUAGCCCCUCCCCUCCACCCCCACCCCCAGGUAACUACAUCUCCUCCCCCUCCCGUCCUAGCAGCCAAGCUCCCUCCUCUGCUGCUGCGCCCCCGGUGCCCCCGGCGGCAGAUGGCAGGAAGCCAGCCGCUGGACUGAACGUGCCAAUGAAUGACGCCCGCAGUGACCUCCUCGCCGCUAUCCGCAGAGGGAUCCAGCUGAGGAAGGUUCAGGAGCAGCGUGAGCAGGAAGAGGCCAAGAAACGAGAGCCGGCGGGAAACGACGUUGCCACCAUCUUGUCGCGACGUAUCGCGGUGGAAUACAGCGAAUCAGAGGAGGAAUCUGAGCCUGAGGACCAGGAGUGGUCCGACUAAGGAGGAGGACGAGAGCGCCUGACAGGAAGUGACUCGUCAGAGAACCGAAGCUUCUUUGUUGUUUUCCUGUUUGAUGUUAAUGAGUCAGCGUGGCGUCCGAUGAUGUUUGAUGAACCUGCUGAUGGUGACACGCAGAAACUUUAUGGACAGCAGCAGGUUUAACAGACAUUCCUCAGAAAAUGAACCCUUGGCACAGCGCCCCCCUCAGGACGCCGACCGUCUAUGUGUUCGUGAUGAAACAAAAGUUGACCUGGAUUUAUGUAUCACUUUGCUGCUUGGACAUCAAAUUUCAUCAUUUUCAAUUUAUCAGAACUUUUAAAAAUACAUUUUCAGUUUUUAAUAUUUUUGUGUUAUUUUGUCUUUACAUUUUAUUUUGUUUAUAUUUUAUUCUUGAUAUUCUUUAUUUUUGUUGCUUUAGUUUUUUUUUUCUUCUGUUAUGAUGCAUCUUGUUCUACAGUGUAAGAUGCAAUGUGAUGACAUCAUAGUAACUACUGACAUCAUCCAUAAUCAUCCCUGCUGCUGCUGAUGUGCUGUGUGGAGAGGGGGCGUGUCCUCCCUAUCCUGUACCUUGUGUGAUUGGCUGAUCGUGCCGUGCUGUGUUUCUGUGACCUGCAUGUGGGUGAAAAAAAAAAAUGAAAAUAGAACAAAAGUUAUAGAUAAAAACAAGAGUUGAUUUUUGUGCUUUAUUUCAAUCAUUAAAUAUUUAAAGUCUCUUUUUAAAA